GUGUAGAGAGAGGGCCACGCAGCGGAGAGAAAGAAACAAAGAAAAGAAACCCAAAACUCUUUCAAAACCAAAACCAAAAGUUGAACAACACAACCAAACCCAUUUGAUCCUCUCUUCGAUCUCGCAUACCCUUUUCGUUUUCUCGAUAUCUCCACAAAGAGAAAGAUAGUGAGAGAAAGAGAGGAUCUUUUUGAGUGAAUUUGCGUGUGUUGUUGUUAUUGUCUGGUCACCGAUGGCAGCACCACCUGCGAGGGCACGUGCCGAUUACGAUUACCUCAUCAAGCUUCUUCUUAUUGGCGACAGCGGCUAGGUGUUUGACUAAAUGCUUCAGUUCUUUGUGCUCCAAUUCAGGCUGGAUAGAGAAAUCAGAACUAAAUCGAGCUUCAAUAGGCUGGAAGCUGGAAACGAGAAACUGAAUUGGCUAGGUCACCAUUUGUCUGAUUGAAGUGAAGUGCAUCUGUUGAUAUGAGUUUAGAAUUUGCAAACAUACAUUGAAAGAUGAUGGAUGCAGUACUAUGGCUUGGAAUUUCUUUAGCUUAUCUCCCCUUACUACAAAAUACAGAAAGCUUACAACUUCUGAAAUACCCACAUGCUUGGCGCUCAAGGGUGUCAAAUAUAUUUGUUCUUCAUCAGCUAUUUAUCUUGAACAUUCUAUUAACCGUGAUUGUUGUGUCAAUUCAGACUCUUAUUAUGCCUCUCUUAUUGAUAAUUCUACGCACAAGAGACACCUUGAUCAGAUACAUAGCCGGUUACUUGUCUUGGGGCUGCAACAUAAUGGGUUUCUCAUGACAAAACUUGUUAAUGGGAGUUCGAAUCUUGCGCAAAUUUUUUAUGCUCGCAAGCUGUUUGAUGGAUUUUACUUCCCUGAUGUUUUUAUGUGGAAUGCUAUCAUUAGGAGUUAUUCGAGGAACAAUAUGUUCCGGGACACCAUUGAUAUGUAUAGGUGGAUGAGAUGGACUGGAGUCCAUCCGGAUGGAUUCACUUUUCCUUAUGUACUUAAAGCUUGUACUGAGUUAUUGGAUUUUGGUUUGAGUUGCCUAAUUCAUGGGCAGAUAAUCAGAUAUGGAUUUGGGUCGGAUGCGUUUGUGCAGAAUGGCCUUGUGGCACUGUAUGCUAAAUGUGGUCGCGUUAGUGUGGCGAAAGUGGUGUUUGAUGGGUUAUACCAUAGGACGAUUGUUUCAUGGACUUCCAUCAUUUCUGGAUAUGCGCAGAACGGGGAAUCUAUGGAAGCAUUGCGAAUGUUCAGUCAGAUGAGAAAUGCUGAUGUGAAACCAGAUUGGAUUGCUCUGGUAAGCAUUUUGAGGGCUUAUACCGAUGUAGAUGAUUUGGAGCAAGGGAGAUCUCUUCAUGGUUGUAUCAUCAAGAUGGGUCUCGAAGAUGAGUCUGAUUUGCUUAUCUCGCUUACAGCUUUAUAUGCUAAAUGUGGGAUGGUGAUGGUUGCAAGAUCUUUCUUUGAUCAAAUGAAGACACCAAAUGUGAUCAUGUGGAAUGCAAUGAUAUCUGGCUAUGCAAAGAAUGGCCAUGCUGAGGAAGCGGUACAUCUAUUUCAUGACAUGAUCUCAAGAAAUAUUAAACCAGAUUCUGUCACUGUGAGAUCUGCAGUCUUAGCUAGUGCACAUCUUGGUUCCCUCAAAUUAGCACAGUGGAUGGAUGAUUAUGUGAGCAACAGUAACUUUGGAAGUUGUAUUUUUGUCAAUACCGCCCUCAUUGAUAUGUAUGCAAAAUGUGGAAGUGUAGAAUUUGCACGCAUGGUAUUUGAUCGUAAUUCAGAUAAGGAUGUUGUUAUGUGGAGUGCCAUGAUUAUGGGAUAUGGCUUGCAUGGUCAAGGAUGGGAAGCCAUUAAUCUUUACGCUGCAAUGAAGCAAACAAGUGUAUUCCCAAACGAUGUUACCUUUGUUGGGCUUCUCAAUGCUUGCAAUCAUUCUGGCCUCGUAAAAGAGGGGUGGAAGCUAUUCCAUUCCAUGAAAGACUUUGAAAUUGAGCCUCGCAAUGAGCAUUAUUCUUGUGUUGUUGAUCUCUUGGGACGAGCAGGUUAUCUGGGUCAGGCUUGUGCAUUUAUAAUGAAAAUGCCCAUUGAACCUGGCGUAAGUGUAUGGGGAGCACUUCUGAGUGCAUGCAAGAUCCAUCGUUGUGUAACAUUGGGAGAAUAUGCUGCAAAGAAGCUAUUCUCAUUGGAUCCAUAUAAUACAGGGCAUUAUGUACAACUCUCUAAUCUAUAUGCUUCCUCCCGCUUAUGGGAUCGUGUUGCACAUAUUCGAGUUCUAAUGAGGGAGAGAGGACUGAAUAAGGACCUUGGUUAUAGUGUAAUUGAAAUAAAUGGGAAGUUGCAGGCAUUUCAUGUGGGUGACAACUCACACCCAAUGACUAAUGAAAUAUUCAAUGAGCUUCAGAUAUUAGAACGAAGGUUGAAGGAGAUCGGGUUUGUUCCACAUACAGAAUCGGUUUUGCAUGAUCUGAAUUACGAAGAGAAGGAAGAGAAUCUCAGUUUUCAUAGUGAGAGGAUAGCCGUUGCUUAUGGGCUUAUUAGUACUGCUCCUGGAACUACACUUAGAAUAACAAAGAAUCUUCGAGCUUGUGUGAACUGUCACUCUGCAAUAAAGCUUAUAUCAAAGCUUGUUGAAAGGGAAAUAAUUGUGAGGGAUGCAAAUCGGUUUCAUCAUUUUAAGGAUGGUUUGUGUUCAUGCCGUGACUAUUGGUAAGAAGAAUGGCUAAACCUCAAACUAGAAUCCGAGUUAGCUGGCAGUUCACUGUAGAAGUUUUGUUCUUGCUAGUUUUAUCACAUACCAACUGAUUUUGGAAUCUUGUGAGUACCUUUUCCUAAAUAUCAUCACAGACAACAUUAACAUUUUCAUAAUGAAUUACUGCUUUAGAAUGUAGUUGUCUCUUCUCAUAUAUAUGUACAAGAGCUGAUACUUCCUUACAUUUUUGUCUUUGAGACUGAAGGGCACGUUCACUUCAGCAUUUUCAAAGGAAUACGUUCGUUUUCAA